UCAGUCGAAGCAGGAGCAAGGAGAGGGCAGAAAGCGGAGAGCUCGGUUUCGGCUUUAUUAUGUUUCAUUUGAGCAGUAAUUGUCAGUCUAAUUGGUAGGACUCAUGGUGAAGAGAAAGAAGACGUCGCCUACUUCUGAAGAGCUCGAAAAUGGUAUGACACCAGGCUCCAGGGAGGGGAUCGGUGUCGAUGGGAGGAGAAAUCCGUCCAGAAAGCCUGAAGGUUGCGACGAGGAGGAGAGCGGAGAGCAGGCGAGCGAGGAGCGCAGUACAAAGGGAGACGACAGAGUGGAAAUUCUUAAUCCAUCAGCCACGGGUCUCAGCUCCGGUUCAGCCCCGGUCCUUACUGGUUCCCCGCCGAACCGAACCGGGUUAGGCUCGAACCAGCAACCCCAGACCUCCACGGAACCCGCCCCUCCGUGUCACGACCAGCAUCAUUUUCUACGAUCAAGCGUUCGACCUCCAAGCAAACGGAUACGGAAGGAUUCAAUAGGCUCGGCCAUCAAUGGACAUGGCGGGGCAAAAUCGAAAGGGGCAGAGAAUGGCUCUUCAUCCCAGGGGGCUGUUGGACAGUCGGGACCUAUGGCCAGCUCCACAGCAGGAGUGUCCAAGGCAUCCAAGGGUCAAGGGACUGCUGAGAAGGAAGAGCAAGCUGGAAACCAGAAGAGAGCUCGCCGGCAGUGGGAGUCUUGGAGCGCAGAGGACAAAAACAGCUUCUUUGAGGGGCUCUAUGAGCAUGGAAAGGAUUUUGAGGCAAUCCAGAACAACAUUGCCAUGAAGUAUAAAAAGAGAGGCAAGCCAGCCAACAUGGUGAAGAACAAAGAGCAGGUCCGCCACUUCUACUACCGUACCUGGCACAAGAUCUCCAAACACAUUGACUUUGCCAAUGUAUACUCCCGUGUGCUGAAGAAAUCUUCUCAAGAACUGUAUGGUCUUAUCUGCUAUGCUGAGCUGCGUAAAAAAGUUGGAGGGUUAAUGGAUGAUAAGAAUGUGGCAAAGUUGAAUGAACUCAUCCAGCAAGGGGCCACCACUGUGCGAUCCAAAGGGAGGAACCUGCGAAUCAAAGCACCCAUGUGUCGUGCUCUGAAGAAACUUUGUGAUCCAGAUGGAGUGAGUGAUGAAGAAGACCAGAAGCCAGUGCGUCUACCUCUCAAGGUCGCAGUUGAGCUCCAGCCACGCAGCAACUACUCUUGGGCCCGCGUUCAGAGUCUAGCCCAUAACCCUCGCCUCAGGAUGGUGGUGGAGCUCCACAGAAAAGUCUCCAGCCUAAUUGAGUAUCUGAAACAGAAGUGGGCUUACCAAGACCAGCGGAUUCUCAAGAGUCUCAUGGAGAGGGAAGCUCUAGAGGGCAGCCAGUCCAGCUCAGCCUCUCAUGGCAAGGCUCACCCGGAGGAGCUCUUUCUUUUCCCAGCUGAGAACAGCACCUUGACAACACUGCCUGGUGUGGCACGGGUGGUUCACUCCAAGGCCUCCUGCACUGUACACUGGUUAGAGAGCGGCAAAAACCGGCCCAAUGCCAAGGAACUCCCAGCUGCCCAGAUCUUGGGCAUCCACACAGCAGCACCACCUCGAGGUAGCAGCAAAACAGGACGGGGAAGCGGUGCUGUUGCUGGUACUUCGGCAGCUGGAUUGGGUGAUGCUCGUCGCACUGAACCCUCUAACCUUGAGCCAUCACAAGACAGUUCUGCAAAGGUAGAUGAGAAGAGACUGCCAUCACUUUCACUUUCUUCUCAGCAGAGUGCAGUUCUUAGAGAAGAGGGAAAUGGGGUGGGAUACUCUGAGACUGGCAAGACAUGCACUGGUGUGGAGGUUAGUAGUGGCUCACCGGUGGUCAAAACCACAGAGAAGCAGUGUAGUAGUGCAGAGAGCUCAUCCGAGCAAUGCAAAGAGGAACCCAACACCAGCACUUCUUCCCCAGAUGCUACCCAGACCCCUCUAUCAAAAGCUCUGAUGACCAGCUCAGAAGAGAGUGUAUCGCAGGGUUCUGCACCACCACCCAAGGAACGGACUGCUGAGCAGAUCAGAGAGGAGGGUUGGAGCGCCCGUGAUGCAGAGAACGUCACCCUGGCUGAGCUUUACCUGAUGUCUGGGAAGCCAGGCAAGCUGCAGCUGGAGUAUGAGUGGCAACCAAAUAUGGUUCCUAUCAGCAACCAUGAAAAUGGACAAGCCUUGGAUCAGUCUAAAUCCAAGAGGACAAACCGAGUGUUACGCUGCCUGCUCAAGCUGGUUGCCACUGAGGUCAAUCCAAAACCUCUGGCUCCAGAGAUGUGCUCCACAGCCACAUCGCCUCUCAAGGGCCAUCAGGAAGAGCAAAACCACGCCGUCACACCCCCAGGGAAGGGACCAAUCACAGGUGUCCGCAGCCCCAGUUGUGGCCGGCAACAAACAUCUGUUCGAGUGGCCAGGACACACCCACCAAACACUGGUGCCUCAGGUGGGCGUAACCUUCCUCGCGCUCUCCUGGGGUCAACUGCAGGCAGCGAAUCAGAAGGCAGCGUGUUUGCAAUACCCACCACACUACCCCCCAACAGCUCACGGCACAACAGAAUGUUCUCUCCCAACAAGGAAGCUGAGCUAGCCUUCAGACAGCAGCUUGACUCCAUCAGUAUGCAGUCAGAUCUUUUCCUCUCGAGACAGAGAAAACCUCGGAACAGACAACUUCGAAAACCCCUUGUAGUUCAGCGAACACUGCUACCCAGGACUACGGGAGACACUCCUCAACAUGUCUGCUCCUUCUCCAUUCUCUCCAACUCAUCUGCAACAGGAACUGGAUCUUUCCGGCCAAUACAUACUCGCCUGGCUCCUUCCUCCCGCCCUCCCCUCACCAAAACUACGCCUGCAGUGUCCAGCUCUGCAGUUGCCAGCCAACUCUCCAGUGCCAUUGACCUUGCUGCUAAGUCUGCAGGCAUCAUACCUGGCAGUCCCUCUCAGGAGUUAAGAUCUUCCACCAUUGAUAACAGCACUUUGCUUGCAACAACACCCAUAGUCGAGGCUGAGCCAGACACCCACCUUCUACAACAAAAUGUCCCAGAGAAUGGUCUGCCGCCUCCAUCUCCUGACGUGAGUGGUGGUGGAGACUCACUCCUCUCUCCACCCAGUGUUGCCUCGCUCCUUGACAUUUCUCUGCCAGGCCCCCCUGAAGAGGCCCUUACACCCGGAGAACCUCAAACACACAUCAGUGACUCCAUCAUUGAGCUUGCCAUCAACUCAACACACUACGGUGAGGAGGCUGCUCUCUCUCCUGCCAAGCUGGGCAAUGGUGACCACUCCAAACUGUUGGCCUCAUCUCCCUCAGUCAGCCCAUCCAGAGGCUGGAUCCCAUCACCCAGCCACGACCCCCAGUGGUACCCCAGUGACUCAUCUGACUCCACACUGGGAUGCCUACUUUCCAGUAUGGUUUCCCCUGAUAAGGGCAGGCGGACCACCCUAACCCCUUCUGGCCCCUCCAGUGGCACAGCUCUGCUUGGCCCCAGCCUCCUGGACUGCAAUUCCCAUGAUUCCUUCCAAUCCCGUGGCCUUCCUGAUGUAGCAGAGAUGGACUCGCAGCUUGCCUGCAUGAUGAGUGAGAGCAGUGUGGACUAUAUCGCUCGCUUCAAUGACCUGGCUCAGGAGCUGGCUGUGACAGAGCCUUCCAUCCCACCUCCAUGAAGAACGUAGGCUCCUGCUGCACCAAGCCACUACCAUCUGGAGGACAUGAGUUACUGAGUGAGGAGAGGUGUCUCCUCUCUCUUUUCUCUCUGCUUUGGAGGAACGACAACUCCUGAGUACAACCUCCCCAAAGCCAUCCCUGCCCUGUUUGUAAAAGUGCAAUAAUUACAGUGAACCUAAGCCUUGGUUACAGGAAAUUGGUUUCACUGAACUGUUCUUUAAGGUAAAAUGCCCUUUAAAAACACUUUAGAUGAGUAAAUGGGUUUACGAAACACAACCUCAUGUACAGGAAGAUACUAUGCCAUAUCUGAACAAAAUAUUUUUAUCAGUCUUUUAUGUCUUGUCCUGCUCUUUGUGUGUGUGUAUUUGUUUGUGUUCUGCUCACUUAAAAAUCAACCCCCAAAUGUGUAAAUCUGCCAAAAAAAUGUGCACAUCAAAUCCAAACUGGUGGCAACUGAAGUGAGUUUUCUUCUUUUUUUUUUUUUUUUAAAGUAAUGGCAGUGAUUAAAAGUUUGAAUGCAGUGAGGUUUUUAUUUCAGUUGCAGAAGCUGACCACAACACAGCAGGAGGGUAGAGAUGAUCUGUUUUUCUUGCACUCCAUGUCCUUGUGCUUCAUCAUCAUCAGUUCAGGUUUUAUUAUUUUGUGUUUUGUUUUGUUUUGGUUUUUUUUUUUUAAACCACACCUGCUUUGAAUUCAGUUUAAUCUCUACCAGGGAUGCAGGGAUGUCCAGUUCCAGGUUCGCAGGUUUUAUAUGUUUCCUGCUUUAACGCAGCUGACUCAGGUUAACGGGUCAUUAACAGGCUCGUGCAGAACUUGGCAAAAAAACAAGUUUUCGAGGAAAUAUGCUGAAUUUGAAUUGUGUUGGAGCAGGGAAACAUCUAGACCCCUUUUAGGACUAUUAUUGGGCAUCCCUGUCUUACAGCUAUACACAGAAAGGCAGCUUAUUGAUUAACAUUUUUUUUUGUUUCACAGUUCCUACCCUAAAAAUUGCGUUGAAAUAUUUUCCUGUUCGUCACCGGUCAUGUUAUGUUGGCAGCACCUAUUAAAAAUGCCUUCAUGUUAAUUCUAUUUGUCAAAACAAACAAAAAAAACCCAUCAGUAACAUUUACUAUUGCUUUUAAUUGGUUAAAUCCCAACAGUUGGACGUAUUUGGACUCUUGUUCUACUACAACAAGAAACACAAUUGUGCAGAUUUACCUCGUUUCCCUUGGAUGUAAUCCCAUAGUUCUUAUUUUUCAGAGGUGCUGAUUGCAGCCGUGUAUUCAUUCAGAUUGACAGACUAGAAAUAUAAUACUCUUGGGUAUUAAAGUAGUUUUACACUCCGUUUUAACUCUGAAAGCGAACAAGAAUGUAAUUAAACACUAAAGCCAUAGUUAACUCUCAAUUUAAGGUUUCUGAAACUUGUCGUUUUUGUAAACAAACCCCAUAACAUUAAUUCACCUUUGACCAGUGCUGGAUUAUAACAAAACACUAUAGCUAAUAUGAACAUGAUUGGCUUUUAAAAAUGUUCAUUUAACAUGUGAGUCUAUGCGAUACGAUUAAAAUUUAAAUACUUCAUAGAGGUAAUAACUAUCCACUUGCAGUGUCUUAACAGAAAGUACAUGCAUACCACAUCAAGUCCAAGCUCAGUGCAUUCAUCGUUAACUAGUAUCAGUAUGCAAUAUUGUGAACAUUUUAAAAUAUUUCUUCAAAGUUUAGUGUUUGAGAGCUUGGGUCAUCAUUCUAUAAAUGUGAUUUUUAAAAUGUUGCUUUCCUAUAAGCACCUUCUGGGUUUGACUUUGCAGUGUGAAAGCUCUUACGUUUAUACAUUUGUGAAAAACAGCUAAAAAAAACUGUCUUGUCACACUAGAUUCUUAAUACAUGGCAGGUUUUAUCUUUGAAUCUGGCAAGUUUGUAUUUUUUUUGUUUGAAGGAUUGUUUGUACAAGUGGCAAUUUCAAUAUUUACUGCUCUUGUGUAACAUAAUGUAAAUUGUUGUUUGGACUAUUUAUUAACAUUUCUGAGAAAGUGGUUUCUGUUUAACUUAAUAUUGAGGCGACAUCUAAAAAGGAAAAAAACCUGUUUUAAGUUUUCAGUUUGUAAAAGGUGUUUUUAUUCUGUGUAUAAAGAUAUAAGACUUG